UAAAUUCUAACUGACCAUAAUAAUAACAGAAUAAUAUAGUAACCAAGUAAUUAAAAUAAACUAAUACGUGUUGUUAUAGGCACAAAACAAAUAAGUUGUAAUAUAAGAACAGAAGGUAUCUAUAGUUUAAAAGCUCCUAUUAAAUAUUUUAUGACAACUAUAUUUUAGUAAUUUGGAUUUAAUGACUCUAAAAUGAAUGACCUAACUGUUUGUCCUGGAAAGAGAAAGAACUCGUGUGAUGUUUGCGAUAAAUCAUUCAGUGAAAGUGGCAAUUUGACAACACAUCGACGUACCCACACAGGAGAGAAACCAUUUGCAUGCGAUAUAUGCGAUAAAUCUUUUAGUCAGAGUGGCAAUUUGACAACACAUCGACGUACCCACAUAGGAGAGAAACCAUAUGCGUGUGAUGUAUGUGAAAAAUCAUUCAGUGAAAGUGGCACAUUGAAGGAACAUCGACGUACCCACACAGGAGAGAAACCAUUUGCAUGCGAUAUAUGCGAUAAAUCUUUCAGUCAGAGUUGCAAUUUGACAACACAUCGACGUACCCACACAGGAGAGAAACCAUUUGCAUGCGAUGUAUGCGACAUGUCUUUCAGUAAAAGUGGCACAUUGACGAGUCAUCGACGGACCCAUACAGGAGAAAAACCAUACGCGUGUGAUGUAUGCGACAUGUCUUUCAGUAAAAAUGGCACAUUGACGAGUCAUCGACGGACUCACACAGGAGAGAAACCAUACCCGUGCGAUAUAUGCGACAUGUCGUUCAGUCAAAGUGGCUCAUUGACGAAUCAUCGACGGUCUCACACAGGAGAGAAACCAUACAUUUGUGAUGUAUGUGAUAAAUCAUUCAGUGAAAGUGGCAAAUUGACUAGACAUCGACAGACCCACACGGGUGAGAAACCAUAUGCGUGUGAUGUAUGUGAAAAAUCAUUCAGUGAAAGUGGCACAUUGAAGAAACAUCGACGUACCCACACAGGAGAGAAACCAUAUGCGUGUGAUGUAUGUGAUAAAUCAUUCAGUGAAAGUGGCAAUUUGACAACACAUCGACGUACCCACACAGGAGAGAAACCAUUUGCAUGCGAUGUAUGCGACAUGUCGUUUAGUCAAAGUGGCACAUUGACGAGUCAUCGACGGACCCAUACAGGAGAAAAACCAUACGCGUGUGAUGUAUGCGAAAAAUCAUUCAGUGAAAGUGACACAUUGAAGAAACAUCGACGUACCCACACAGGAGAGAAACCAUUUACGUGCGAUAUAUGUGACAAGUCGUUUGCUGAAAGUAGUUCAUUGACGAGUCAUCGACGGACUCACACAGGAGAGAAACCAUACGCGUGUGAUAUAUGUGAAAAAUCGUUCAGUGAUAGUGGCAGAUUGAAGAAACAUCGACGUACCCACACAGGAGAGAAACCAUUUGCGUGCGAUAUAUGUAAUAAAUCUUUCAGUCAGAGUUGCAAUUUGACAACACAUCGACGUACCCACACAGGAGAGAAACCAUUUGCAUGCGAUGUAUGCGACAUGUCGUUUAGUCAAAGUGGCACAUUGACGAGUCAUCGACGGACCCAUACAGGAGAAAAACCAUACGCGUGUGAUGUAUGCGAAAAAUCAUUCAGUGAAAGUGACACAUUGAAGAAACAUCGACGUACCCACACAGGAGAGAAACCAUAUGCGUGUGAUGUAUGUGAAAAAUCAUUCAGUGAAAGUGGCACAUUGAAGAAACAUCGACGUACCCACACAGGAGAGAAACCAUUUGCAUGCGAUGUAUGCGACAUGUCGUUUAGUCAAAGUGGCACAUUGACGAGUCAUCGACGUACCCACACAGGAGAGAAACCAUAUGCGUGUGAUGUAUGCGAAAAAUCAUUCAGUGGAAGUGACACAUUGAAGAAACAUCGACGUACCCACACAGGAGAGAAACCAUUUGCAUGCGAUGUAUGCGACAUGUCGUUUGCUGAAAGUAGUUCAUUGACGAGUCAUCGACGUACCCACACAGGAGAGAAACCAUAUGCGUGUGAUGUAUGUGAAAAAUCAUUCAGUGAAAGUGGCACAUUGAAGAAACAUCGACGUACCCACACAGGAGAGAAACCAUUUGCAUGCGAUGUAUGCGACAUGUCGUUUGCUGAAAGUAGUUCAUUGACGAGACAUCGACGGACCCACACGGGCGAGAAACCAUACAUUUGUGAUGUAUGUGAUAAAUCAUUCAGUAAAAGUGGAUCAUUGAAGAGUCAUCGACGGACCCACACGGGUGAGAAACCAUUUGUAUGCGAUGUAUGCGGUAAAUCUUUCAGUCAGAGUUGCAAUUUGACAAAACAUCGACGGACCCACACGGGCGAUCAACCAUACAUUUGUGAUGUAUGCGACAUGUCUUUCAGUCAAAUUGGCUCAUCGACGAGUCAUCGAUGGACCCACACUGGCCAGAAACCAUAAACAAAUCAGAUUAUCAUAUUAGGGUAGCACAGUUAAUGGGUUCAUUUUGUCAUGUUAUUAUUUCUUAAUAUUAAAUUGCUAAUUUGUCAUAAUCAUACACAAAUAUUACAUUUUUUAUGAAUGUUUGUUAA